UUCUGGGGUCGCGCGGUGUUUUGGUGCGUGGCCAGGUGGCUGCGCUUUGGUGCGUGGUCAUGCGGGGCCUUCAGAUGUAGGGGCGAGAGGUCUUAGUAGGUUAUGGCGGUCGCCAACGCCAUCUGUUCGGGGGGUCGUCUCGUGGUGGUUCUCGAGGGUCGUGAUGUGUCUUAGUCGUCGCCUUGGCGUGCUCGGGGUGGUAGUGCUGUGCUUUUCGGGGUCUUGCGGUGCUUUGGGGUCUGUGCUGUGUCAGGGGUGUUGUGUUCGUUGUUUUGGGGGUUCGUGUUGUGUCUUUGGCGGUCGCGCUGGUGUGUCUUGGUGGUCGUGCUCGUGCUUACGGUGUCUCUUUGGGGGUCUAUGCUGUGCUUUGGCUUUGGG